UCAUUUUCUAGGGUGAGGUGUCUCUAGUGCAUUUUGGAAUAUUUUGUUGUCGUUUUAAUAUUUAAAAUGCUGAGAUAGUGUUAAUUUCAAAAGACGCACAAAUAUGUGUCGUGGUAGUGAAUUAUCUCUUUAUAGUUUGAUUGAAGUGUAGUGUCCAACAUGUUUCGAUGUAUACCUUUGUUCAAAUGCAAUCGGCAAGUGGAAUGUGUAGACAAGCGGCAUUGCUCUUUGCCAACAGUACCUGAAGACAUCCUGAGAUACUCCAGAAGUCUGGAGGAACUUUUUUUGGAUGCCAAUCAUAUAAGAGAUUUACCUAAGAACUUCUUCAGACUACAUCGGUUGAGAAGAUUAGGCCUUAGUGAUAAUGAAAUUCACAAACUUCCAUCUGACAUUCAGAAUUUUGAAAAUCUAGUUGAACUCGACGUAUCUAGAAAUGACAUUCCCGACAUCCCCGAGGACAUCAAGAAGCUGCGCGCGCUGCAAAUCGCGGACUUCAGCAGCAAUCCGAUCCCACGGCUGCCGGCAGGCUUCAGCCAGCUACGGGCGCUCACCGUUCUCGGCCUCAAUGAUAUGUCGCUCACCAGCCUGCCCAGCGACUUUGGAAGCCUGAUGUCAUUACAGUCGCUUGAGCUGAGGGAGAAUCUGCUCAAAUCUCUUCCGGAGUCACUUAAAAAUCUAACCAAAUUGGAAAGAUUAGAUUUGGGCGACAAUGAAAUAGAAGAGUUGCCAGGGUUCAUCGGUGAGUUACCAGCAUUAGAAGAACUAUGGCUAGACCACAACAAACUGCAGUAUUUACCGCCAGAGAUCGGAAACCUAAAGGCGCUUAUAUGUCUGGACGUCAGCGAGAACAAGUUGGAGAAACUGCCGGAGAAAAUCGGAGGCCUUUGCUCUCUGACCGAUUUGCAUCUGUCACAGAACAUGCUCGAAACUGUGCCGGAUGGUAUCGGAGAUCUGUCUAAGUUGGCCAUAUUGAAGUUAGAUCAGAAUCGAUUGCAUACGUUAAACGAAAAUGUUGGAAGAUGCACGAACCUUCAAGAGCUAGUGUUAACAGAGAACUUUCUAAUGGAGCUACCGAAAUCGAUAGGCAACCUCAACGAGUUAACAGUAUUGAAUGUGGAUAGAAAUUCAUUAGCAGAUAUUCCCAUGGAGAUAGGCAAUAUGACGCUGCUGGGUGUGUUGAGCUUGAGGGACAAUAAACUUAAGAAAUUGCCUAAUGAAUUAGGGAAUUGUAAAUCUUUACAUGUUCUGGAUGUCAGCGGCAAUCGGUUACAAUAUCUACCGUACACCCUGGUGAACUUGGAACUGAAAGCGGUGUGGUUGUCAGAGAACCAAGCGCAGCCUCUCCUCACCUUCCAGACGGACAGGGACGAGGCGACAGGGGAGAACGUCCUCACUUGCUUCUUGUUACCCCAGCUCAGUUACACACAACAACCAGAGUUGGAUCACACGUCAGAGGUCGGCAGUGUAACGUGGUUCAGGGAUCACAGAUUUAAUUCACAGUCACAGGAGCUAGAUAGGAUAAGAGAAUCGAGCGUAUGCCGAGACCACGACUCUGACGACGACUGGGAGGAGAAGGAAGCAUCGAGGACUCACUCCGUCAAGUUCACAGAAGACGUUUCCGAAGCUAGAGAGACACCGUUCGUGCGUCAGAACACACCUCACCCGAAGGAGCUGAAGCUAAAGGCGCACAAGCUGUUAGCGGGCCGGUCGCCGGAGCAGCAGACCACGCAGCAGCCCCCUGCCACCAAUGGAAUAGCCAUGUCGCCGCCCGACAACGAGACCGCCACAGACACAACCGAACCUGUUGAAACACAAUCACCGCCCGAAAUAACAAGGGACGACGACAGCGACCAAGAAACACAAGAAAAGGAAUCAUCGGAAGACGAGAAUGAUGAUAAUGAAGAUUCUGAUGAAUUAGAGGCGAUCAAGAAGCGCGAACAACAGGAGGAACACAAGACUGAUGAGGAGGAGGCUGUCGAUGACGUGCCUGAUGGUGAGUCGGUAUCGGAGCGGGCGGCGAGCGAAGCCAGCGGCUCCAGCGUACAGGAGGGUCGCGUUACGAAAGUGCGUAUCGCGCGUACUGCUGGCGGGCUCGGCCUGAGCAUCGCGGGCGGCCGCGGCUCCACACCAUACAUCGGCGAUGACGACGGGAUCUUUAUAUCGCGGGUUACGCCCAACGGACCCGCCUACAUGGCUGGACUCAGGGUGGGCGACAAAGUGCUUUCAGUGAAUGGUACACCCGUGCUAGAAGUGGACCAUUACUACGCGGUGGAAGUUCUCAAAGCGAGUGGACCUGUGCUCACACUUGUUGUGGCGAGGGAAACACCUCCAUCUACCAGAACACACAGCCGCGCUGCGAGCGGCGCCAGCCACCACUCCGUGUCGAGUGCGGCUGACACCGUGUCCACUCUGGAGAACGGACAGGUAACAACAGGACGAGGAGUGACAGCCAAGCCUCUCAUCAUCAGCAAUCAGUACGCGCAGGAAUUCGAACCUGAACAAAAGGAUCCAGCGCCGAUUGUAACGAAUGUCGUGUCACCGGAGUCGACGUACGCUCCCUCGCCCGCACCACAAGUGACGUACCAGCGACUGCAAGCCUCGCCCCCGCCGCCGCAAACACAACCUUAUGUACCACCAGUGUACCAGCAGAAGGUGCUGGUGCAUACGACGCUGAUCCGCGACGGCGCCGGCCUCGGGUUCAGCAUCGCGGGCGGGCAGGGCUCGCCGCCGUACCGGGACGACAGCGACGCCAUCUACAUCUCACGCAUCUCACCGCACGGCGCCGCCGCCAAGGACGGCAAGAUGCAGGUCGGAGACAAGGUCAUCUCGAUAAACGGCGUGGACAUGGAGAAGGCGCGGCACGAGGCGGCGGUCGCGCUGCUCACCGGCCACGAGCGCUUCGUGCGACUCGUCUUGCAGCGGACCAUCACAUCUGAUCAAGUCGAAACGAUCACGAGAAAGUCAAUAUCCGAGGAAGUCAAAGAACACAAGACGAGUAUGACCAACAUAAACGUUGCACCACCCAAGCCUGCGAGCGCGGCCCCCACAUUGAUCGGCAACCACACGCCCGCCAAGACCACGCCCAUCGGCACCGGCCCAGCCCACGUCACAGUGCUGACGUCACAGGUGCCCCAAGCCCAGCGCGUGUCCACGCCCGUCACACAGGUGACGUCACAGCCGCCCCGGGCCGCCUCCACUCCGGAGCCCACGCAGCCGAUCCCGCAGCCGCCGCAACCCGCGCCCAGGAAACUCAGCCAGACGCAGACUAAUGGACAGGCGGGCACGAAGGCAACUAACAGUACGAGCACGCCUCUAACUCCCGGCGCCAAUAAAUUGCACGGCUCUAACGACGAUGUCUUCGACGAUAUACAGCCGACGCGGGCGAUCACGAACGAGGACUUCCAAGCGAUGAUCCCGGCGCACUUCCUGGGCGCGCCGCGACCCGACGACCAGGCGGGCGGAGGCGGGGGGCGGGGCGUCACCGUCACAGUGCACCGCCCCGCCCCGCCCACACUGCCCGCCCCGCCCACCGCGCCCGGCCGCGUCACCGAGACCAUCACCAAGUCCACCUUCACCGAGACCACGGUGACGCGCGUCACUGACAACCACCUCGUCGCGCCGCUCAUCAUAGAAGACGUGACGUUGCUGAAGGAAGGCGGUUCCCUUGGGUUCAGUAUCAUUGGUGGUACGGACCACUCCUGCGUACCCUUCGGUGGAAAGGAGCCGGGAAUAUUCAUUUCACACGUGGUACCCGGGGGCGUGGCGGCGAGGUCGGGCAAGUUGCGUAUGGGUGACCGUCUUCUGAAGGUGAAUGGUAAAGAACUGACGGGAGCCACGCACCGCGAGGCAGUACAACUGCUGCUGCAGCCCGGCCCCACGCUGGCGCUCACAGUGCGACACGACCCCCUGCCGCCCGGCUUCCAGGAGCUAACGAUAAUAAAGCAAGAGGGCGAGAAGCUGGGGAUGCACAUCAAGGGCGGUCUGAACGGUCAGCGCGGCAACCCUAAUGAUCCCAACGACGAGGGCGUCUUUAUAUCGAAGAUCAACAGCGGCGGCGCGGCCAGGAGGGAUGGAAGAUUAAAGGUGGGAAUGCGAUUACUGGAAGUGAACGGCGCGUCCCUGCUGGGCGCUACGCACGGUGAGGCGGUGAACUCGUUGCGCGCGGCCACGCAGGCGCCGCUGCACCUCGUCAUCUGCCACGGGUACACAAGGCCUGAAAAGUAUACCACCGGUAGCGAGAGCGGGACAGCGGACACCGGCGGCUCUCUGUCGCACUCCACGUCGAGCCUGGACCGGGAGGACGGCUUGCACCAACAACAACAGGAGCAACACUUCCAACAGGAUCUGGUUGAGUUUGAACAAGAGAAACAAGUCGCCUUAGCGAGAGAGAAAACCACACCCGAAAAGGUGAUGGACAUAGUGCACGCGGUGGAGAGCAUCGGUCUGGAGCCGGCGCCGCCCACAUCGCCGGAACCCCACCACAAGACCACCACUGUUGUCAUGUCCAAGCACACCCUGCAGCCUCAGACGUCUAGUGAAGACGCGGCGAGCCCAUCGCCGCUCGCUGUGUUCACUCAGCAGAAGGUGAAGAGCCCGCACACGUCGGCCGCCACGCCCACCUCCCCGUCACCGCGAGACGACGGCACCGCCGUGGACCUGCCCGCCGCCCCCCACCGCCCCACACACGCGCCGCCGCCGCCCCCUGACAAGCGGAAACCCCAAGUGCCGCGAAAACCGAAUACGAAGCGAGUUAGUUUCACCAGCGAUCACUACGAACCACACGACCGACAUCCAUCGACGAACGAAACUGAUCUCGAUCGCAGCCCACCGCAUGUGGGAAUGCAUGACUCCGCCCCGGACACCGGCCCCGCCACUAACGAUGCAUGCUCGGGGACGCGUAGCUCUUUACUAAUACACCGCCCGCCGAAAACGGAGAUGGCGUUUACGCAACCGGUCCCGCGGCCGGCCCCCGUGCUUCCCGAGGACUUUAUCAUCCCUCCGCCGCCUCUGUUCAGCGCCAACGUAAGUCAAAGUCAGUUAAUAGAGGACGAGUGCGAGCUCGAUGUGCCGCUCAUCUCCCUCAUCCCCGAACGUAUCGUCCUGCCCGCGCCCGCCCUCGCGGAAACAACCAUGCAGUCCUCCAACUCGACCAACUCUCCGGAGACCGAGCUCCCUCCCCCCGUCAACUAUGAGGCCCACCCCGCGAUGGUGACGCCCGCGCCCGACCCGCCUCGGUCGGUCAUCAUUUCCCAAGUACCUUCUCCACAAGUCUUCCGCAACUCUAAUCUUCACUCGGAGGAGACUUCCCAAUACUAUAAUGAAAUGUCCAUCAGUCCGGACGGAGAGCCCGAUCCCCCGGAGUUGUUGCAAGUCCAAAUCAAAACGUUGCCAACGGUGUCACAUAUCCCCAACUCCCCAUGUAGCUUGCAUCCUAAUCUGUCCUACUACGAAGACAGUCAGAAUCAGAAUGUAACACACGCCUCCCUCCGAGAUCUUAGAGUAAAAAAUAUGCCCACGAAUUUGGUGCACUCGACGACCUACCCGCCAAAUAAUCCGUACCCGUCUCUGACGACGGUCGCCGGCACGUACAAUCCGUACACGCAGCCCGUGCCCGUCCGCCUCGACCGGACCGACAGUAGGAUGUAUAGUCCCAAAGUAAGUCCCCCGUCCGUCUCCGUCGUCUUCCCUCUAGAUAGAGAUAUAAACGCGAACGUAACACGAGCCGUCCCCAUGCGCACGGGCGAUACGUCGAGAGAUGUCUCGGCAGAGCGAAGAGUUCACUUCGGCGAAGUGACGACCGCGCCCGAGACCCAUAGAUUGUCGAACGGUUCGGAUCCGGGCCGGGAGGGGAGCACCUCGCCCGCCGCCAUCCCGAAGCCCGCAUGGAGCAGCAAAAUCAAAUCCUUCGCCAUCGGCGAGGUAAACAUCAAUGCUUCCCCACCUCAUUCUGGAAAUUUUGUGAAAGCUUCGGUCAGUGAUAAGAAGAAGUUCUUCGAAAAUGCUAUGGAAGAAAGUCAUAAGUCAUCACCUAGACCAGAGAAAGUUUUCACAUUCCUGUCAGCGGAUGAGGUGGAGAAAUUGAAGCAAGAAGAGGAGAGGAAGAUGGCGUCGUUAUCGCGCGCAGAGCUCGGCUCGUGGUCACCCGGGGAGGACCGCCGCAGCGGAGACAGCGAGCACUCAGACGACGAGCCCUACGAGAACGGACACAAUGCACCAAGAGGGGGUGGAGUGAGCCCGUCAGCAAAGGCGCAGCGGCGGCGCGCGCGGGAGAGUGGGGCGGGGGGCGAGGAGGACGCAGCCACGCGCGCCGCUCGCCGCGCCGCCUGGCGGGCAGCACGACUACGCUCACUUGAACAGGAGGCAAUAGAAUCGCAAAAGGUUAUAAAGAGUAUGGUUGGUCCGGCGACAGAAAUAAUAGGCGAGGUGCCUUCCAGAGAUAAAUCACCUUCAGAGAAAUGGCCCCUGCCGCGUAUCGCGUUACGUACAAAGCCGGGGCCGAUACUUGCCGUCAAGGAGAAGGAAAAGUUGUUAGACGAAAGAAUAACGCUGCGCACGGAGGAAUACGUUUGCCCCACCACGGGCGACACUAAAGUUCGCACCGUCGAAUACAUUGAGAAAGUCAUUGAGAAAGAGGUGGAGACGACGCAAGAGAAAAUUAUAUCAUUAGAGUUGACAACGAGCCCCAGCAGUGAGUGCGCGCCCACAGAUAUGGAGGGGAACAACCUAGGCGAGGGGGAGGUGGGGGAGGACUCCCUGCAGCCAGACAUCGUACAAGUCGUCAACCCUCUGCUGGACGGCGGCCUGGGCAGGGUCACCGCCAUCCCUGUAGGUCCCGCGCAUCGCCUCACAGCCUACACCGACAAACAAUGAACGAAAUUGGACAACCCGAUUAGUGGAAAUCACCCUUAAGUGUCUUUUGUCCGAAUUAUACUGGACUUUAAUAUUCUCCGUACUUUUCCUGGCGAUUAUGAGGUAAUCCGAGCUUGUCGCGUUUUUCUAGCCUAUCCUAUUUCAAUAGAAACUUUCCGUCCGAUGUUGUUACAGAUUAUGUUUCUAUCCAGUUGUUUGAUCCGCGUAAAGUUUGUUGAGAUUUAUUAAUCAUUCUAUAGAAAAUGUUUACCUUUAUCAUAAUCGCCAUCCUGUUACCCAUGACAACGUAUCGGCUAAAAAAUUCAAAUGUUUGACUCGAUUGUAGAUUUCUUCAAACGAACGACAAAUAAAACGAGCAUGCAUCAUUAUUUUGUAUUAUAACUGUGAUAAUAUUGUUUAGAAUUCCACCGAACUAUUGUUUUAAAACUAGAAACGGCAACAAUAUUGAAGAAAUCCACCAGCGAGUGAGCACCGACCGCGGAUUGUAUACAAAGAGGAACUGAUCCUAAGAAAUUCUAACUUGGCCGUCGAAAUAAUUAUAUCACCAUAACAUUCUUUUAUUUCUACUAGGCAACGUUUUAUAUUUGAAACAUAUUUGCAUGUUUUUUGUGUGAUUAUUGAAGGCAUUUCUUUAGUUUGUACAUUCAUGUUCAAAAGUUUUACGGCAACAUUUCUCCUUUGUAUAUAAUCCGUAGCAAACAUUGUUAUUGGACAUUUUGUUUCGAUCACAAUUUUUAUUUUUUUAUUGUAAUUUUGCGACGGAGAUUUUAGGUUUUAACGAUAUCUAUUUUGAUAAAUGAUAUUGUUCUUCGAGUACUUUACGUAUUUUUAAUAUUAAAUUUAAUUUUCAUUCCGUGGAAGAUUUUUUUUU